AUGACGACUAAGUUUGUUAUAUUCCUCUUAUGCUGCUUGUCUUUGGGUCCCUUCUUCUGUAAUUCACAACCAAGUGGCCAAGAAGAAAGUAAUGGUGAUAUCGAUUGGUGGUGCAGCAGCACUCCUCAUCCUGAGACUUGCAAGUACUUCAUGUGCCGUCCUCCCUAUUCAGACGUCAAACCCAUAGGCAGAGACCAAUUCAGAACGAUGACGGUGCGAGUAGCCUUGGAGCAAGUCCAUAGUGCAAGAAAACAUGCAAAGAAUCUUCGGAGAGAGUGCCGCAGCAAAAGAAAGAAGGCCGUUUGGAGGGAUUGUAACAAACUUCUUUCCAAUACAGUUCUCCAAUUGAACCGCACCAUCGAGGGCUUCUUGGCCAACCAGACUUCUGAUGUUGAUGCACAAACUUGGCUCAGCACGGCCCUCACCAACUUGGAAAUCUGUCGAUCAGGGUCCCUCGAUUUGAAUGUCACGGAACUCAUUUCCCCUAUUCUUACCAGUAACAUGUCGCAUUUGAUUAGCAAUUGUUUAGCUGUGAACGGGGUGUUGAUGGAGCAUCAAGAUUACAAAGAUGGAUUUCCGAGUUGGGUCACCGCUGGUGAAAGAAAGCUGUUACAGUCGUCAGUAACCCUGUCCAGGACAGCGAAUGCGGUUGUUGCAAUGGAUGGAUCGAGUCAUUUUCGAUCAAUUCAGGCAGCUAUAAAUUAUGCGGCAUCCAGGAGGGUGGGAAAUGCGAGGGUUGUGAUAUAUGUGAAAAGAGGUGUUUACAGAGAGAAUAUUGCGAUAAGCAGCACCAUGAAUAAAGUGACGUUGAUUGGUGAUGGAUUGAGAUACACAAUUAUCACAGGCAGCCGCAGCGUCGCCGGGGGUUACACAACCUACAGCAGCGCAACUCUUGGGGUGGAUGGAAUUGGAUUCAUGGCCAGGGGAAUCACAUUCCGCAACACCGCCGGGCCACAACGGGGUCAAGCAGUGGCGCUUCGAUCUGCAUCGGAUCUUUCAGUGUUCUAUGGAUGCGGAUUCGAAGGAUACCAGGACACUCUUUUCGUGCACGCUCAGCGUCAAUUCUACAAGAACUGCUACAUCUACGGCACCAUAGACUUCAUAUUUGGAAACGCAGCCGUGGUUUUCCAGAACUGCAUCAUCUACGUUCGCAAGCCCCUCUGGGGCCAAGUCAACGUCAUAACAGCUCAAGGCCGAGCCGACCCUUUCCAAAACACCGGAAUAUCAAUCCAUAACUCACGAAUUGUGGCUGCUCGAGACCUCAGGCCGGCGGUCGGGUCAUUCAAUACGUAUUUGGGACGGCCGUGGCAGCUGUAUUCACGUACAGUUUUUCUCAAGACUUACAUGGACGGCUUAAUAAAUCCAGCCGGUUGGUUACCUUGGGUAAACACUAAUUUUGGUCAAAAUACGGUGUACUACGGGGAAUACAAUAAUUUUGGACCGGGUGCUUCCACGAGAUCCAGAGUCAGGUGGCGGGGUUACCAUGUCAUCACAAGCGCGAAUGUAGCUUCACGUUUCACGGUUGCAAACCUCAUAGCUGGCCGGGCAUGGUUGCCUUCCACCGGCGUCCCAUUCAUUGCGGGCCUAUGA